UUUAGUGUUGCGAUUACGAAGUUUUGUAGAUAUUUUUAUACUGAAAAUAAGAUUGUUAAUGUUAUAUUUUUUUCAUAAUGCUAUGUUGUCAUGAAAACGUUUUGUGAGAGAUGAGUGUAUACGGGGAUUUUCAACGUGUUUGGGUCCAACGUUUUCCAGAAAGCGCUUUGCCAGCGGCCUGGGAGGAAGAUGUCAGGGCUAAUCUAGCUAAACACAAACAGAAAGUUGCUAUUUUAAGGGAGGAAUUAGAAAAAGAAGAAUUUUACGUUGAAUACUUAGAGACACUUUUAUCAGAUGUCGAGAAACAUAAGGCUGCAUCACAGGAUAACAAAACGACUCCGCCCUCGGGGUCUGACGUGAACGAACUCGAUGAUAAGGUUUCCGAAAUAAAGCAGGUUUCAAAAACUGAUUCGUUAUCGAAAAAAAGCGAUUUGAGCUUAAAUAGUAAUCAUGACAAUUCUAUUGAGGAAGUCAUUUGUGAGGAGGUGCAGCUUAGAAAUAAACAAAUGCACAUCGCUGAGAGAAGUUCAGUCAAUCAGUGCAUUAAUGAACUAUCGUCAAACCUCGUAGCAACCGAAGCGGCUCGUCGACGAUGUAAUAGUGAGAUUGUACACAGAACUGAAAAUAAUCAAGACAAAGUAGCUGUAGAUCAAACAAGUCAUAGUCAAAGUAAAAACCGUCCAACGUCACAAACUGGUGAUUUCGUAACCGUCAUCGAAGUAAAUGGUCUGAAAUUAGCAGAAAAUGCAUCUAAGAAAUCGGAAGAAUCGCCCCAGUCUUCAGAGAGUAGUCCCGUAGAUCCUGUUUCUGUCGCCAAGAAAAAAGUACCACCUAAACCUCCACCGAAAGUGUUCAGCAAACGCGGAGUUUCACUGCCAGAGUCUGCUGGGGUUGACGACAGUCCGCCCUCAUCACUCGGCCGGAAGAUACGCAACGCGGAAUCCCGGGAGUCUAUUGCAAGUCGAGCAUCGACACCAUCAAUUAGCGAAAGGGUAAAAAGUUAUGAAUCAAUCAAUUCAUUAUCAUCGGAACGUAAACGUUCUGGUGGCGCCGCAACCCCGAGGUCUAUCGACGAAGAGGUGACAUCGACGACUCCUGAUUUGCCCGAAGGAACGGAUGCGGACAAAUCCGCCCCGCUGUCCUUAGAAAGUAUACCCGCAUCUGUCCCCAUUGCUGAAGAUGAACCAUAUUACGACCAAGUGCCCACCGACGCCAACGAUGGAGAAUACGUGUACAUACAAGCAGGCGGCACCGGGUCGAGUGCGGAGGAAGGACCGAGCUCGCAGCCGACGCCGUCCGCGCCGCCCGCGCCGCGCCUCGACUCACCGACCUGCACCAUCGCACCGAACUACGUUAACAUACAUUAUUUUAUACAGCAAGCAGCUGAUGCUGCAGAAAUGUCUGAGGGAGUCACGGAUAUGGCUGAUUCAAGUGAUACUCCUCUUCUACUCAGAACGAUAUCAUCUGAUAAUGAAACCAAUGCAACACCUCCAUCGUUAAGGAAAUUACAAACCCAGGAAUCCAAUAUCAGUAACAAUGCUGAAGCGGAACGUCUUACGAUGCACCGUUGUAUCAUCACAAGUAUUAUUGAAAGCGAAACUGUUUAUGUGGAAUGUCUCUACGUCAUGGAAAAGUACAUGAACGCUAUAAAAGCGACAUUGUCUACGUCACAACCAGUUAUAACGGAAGAGGAAUUUAAUACGAUAUUUUACAAAAUAUCAGAGCUUCAUGAGUUACAUAAAAGUUUUCUUGAAGGCUUAAAAGCGGCUGUGGCCAGUUGGGAAGAGCCUCUAUCUGUAGGGACCCAUUUUAAGAAGAUGGCGGAAAACAUAAACGUGUACGGUGCAUUUCUGCACAACUACGGUCGAGCGACGGACGCGGUGCGGCGCCGCUGCGCCACGUCACAGAACUUCGCGCACCUCACGAAGCAGAUCUCGUGCCACGGACAGCCGAUGUCGCUCGACGACCUGCUGCACAAGCCCGUUGCUAGGGUGCAAAAAAACGCGCUUGUUCUACAUGAUCUUAUAAAAUACACGCCAGCAAGUCACCCUGAUCAUGCCAUGUUGACGGAUGCUCUGAACAUGACACAGCAUUUCUUAGACGAAUUCAAUAUCAUACAGACUAAAUCCAUGUUCCCUAAUGCAGAUAGAGCACAGAGAAGACUGGUCAAGAAUUCAUUUAUUGUCGAACUGUCAGAUGGUCACAGAAAAUUAAGACAUUUGUUUCUGUUCAACGAUGUCAUAGCAUGUGCCAAAUACAAGGCGUCCGGCCGCGAUAAGUUCACAUUCGAGUUGAAAUGGUUCAUCCCGCUCCCCGACAUCGUGGUCGUAGACGAGGACAGCGCGGGAGCCGGCGCGGUGGAGGCCCGCGAGACCUCGCCCGCUAACAUAGUGGCGCUCAAGUCGCAAGCCUCCACUGUGCGGGACCAAAUACUCGCGGAAGAGCGGGCUGCCACCGAUGACAAGAAAAUAAGACUGGGAAGUAGAGGCGCGGCGGAGAAACAACGCAAGAAACUAGCAGAACUGGAGGGGCAGUUGGUGCUAGCGUCACCCAACCUGGUGUUCAGGGUAGGGGCCCGCGCUCCCGGGGCCGCCACCCUACAAAGACAACACAUAUUCUUCCUCAGCUCUGAAUAUGAGCGCACGCAGUGGAUAGACUCUAUACAUGCCCUACAGGCUUCUUCAGCCCCACCAGCGGGUUCUAACAGUAUAUCCAUGCUCGAGUUGCAAGCCUGGGUGACGGCGUGCCGCAGCUACCUACAGACGGACAUGGGCUCAUAUUUACUGCGCAGCGGUCGUGACGACUCCUUGCUGCUCGGCGAUUUGCAGUUACACAUAGGGGGCAUGACGUCACCGCUGGACACCGCGGCAGACUAUUACAUAGUUGUGGAGGUCGAUUCUUACGGACACUACUUCCGCAAGGCAAAAUCGAAGUUAGUAUGCAGAAGCUCUCAGCCGAGAUGGAACGAGAGCUUCACUUUAGACCUAGAAGGGUCACAGAACUUACGUCUGUUGUUAUAUGAAGAUGCGGUGCGACCAGUCCUUCGAGGAAAAUGCACUAUCAAGGUGUCGCGCGAGUGGGUCACAGAAGGCGGCGUGUGUCGCACAGUGUCGCUGGGCGGCGGGAACCUGCCGCUGCGGGUGCGCCUGCUGCCUCCCGAGCGGUCCGCGCGCCGCGUGCCCAACGCCAAGCCGGGAGCACUCUUCGGAGCUAAGAUCGCGCAUGUUGCCAGACGUGAAAAGCGCAACAUUCCUUUCAUAAUAAGCGCGUGCGUGCGGGAAGUUGAAAGACGUGGCCUUCACGAAGUGGGAGUUUAUCGCGUCUCCGGGAGCGCAUCGGAUCUCAACCGACUGAAGAAGAGCUUCGAAACUAAUCCCUACGAAGCAGAGCAGCUAUUAAAAGAAGUAGACAUACACUCCGUGACGGGAGUUUUAAAGUUGUAUCUAAGAGAACUGCCCGAGGCCCUGUUCACGGAUGCACUUUACCCUGAACUUUUGAAAGCUUGGGGAUCCGUACAGGGUGUCGGAAUUUCCGUUGAUUCUGGACCAGCACACACCAGACGUCACGCCCUGUUGAAAUGCUAUGCUCAGUUACCGGAUCUGAACAAAAACUGCAUCGACUUCCUUCUGAACCACUUCGUCAAAGUGAAUCAGCACGAAGGCGAGAACAAGAUGUCGCUGCACAACCUGGCGACGGUGUUCGGGCCCACGCUGCUCCGGCCGGCGAGCGGCGGCGGCGGCGCGGGCGGCAAGCAGCGCAGCGACCCGCUGGCGGCCGGCACCGUGGACGCCAUGGCGCAGGCCGGCAUCCUCUACUGUCUGCUGCAGCACCGCCAGCUCGCCGCGCAACUCUCCUCGCACCACCGCGCGCCGCACCACGUGCUCGACUGAACGUCCGCUCACCACGCAAUCUACCACGCGACUCUAUUACUUGUUUUUUUUUUUUUUUCUACCAAGCUGAUAGCCUUGACAGGCUAUAUCAGCGUCGCCUUAACUAGUAGG